AUGGACAGUGGUAGAAUCAGUAGUGCACGUUUAAGUAGUUCUAAUAUAUGGAGGAACAAUGCCAUGGAAAUAUUUUCGAGGUCUUCUCGGGAAGAAGAUGAUGAAGAAGCUCUGAAAUGGGCUGCUAUUGAGAAACUACCAACGUAUCUACGUAUACAGAGAGGUAUACUGACUGAAGAAGAAGGCCAACCAAGAGAAAUUGAUAUAAAGAGUCUUGGACUACUUGAUAAAAAGAAUCUGUUAGAGAGGCUUGUGAAAAUUGCAGAGGAAGAUAAUGAGAGGUUCUUGUUGAAGCUCAAGGAACGCAUUGAACGAGUUGGAAUUAAUCUUCCAACUAUUGAAGUGCGGUUUGAGCAUUUAAAUGUUGACGUGGAAGCUUAUGUUGGCGGUAGAGCAUUGCCUACUUUAUUCAACUUCACGAUUGGUAUGCUAGAGGGGUUCGUGAAUUAUCUCCAUAUUCUUCCUAGUAGAAAGAAACCAUUACCAAUCCUUCAUGAUGUCAGUGGAAUCAUCAAGCCUGGCAGAAUGGCAUUGCUUUUAGGCCCACCAAGCUCAGGAAAAACCACACUGCUGUUAGCUCUGGCUGGAAAACUUGGUUCAGAUCUAAAAGUUUUGGGGAGAGUGACAUACAACGGCCAUGAAAUGGAUGAGUUUGUUCCACAGAGGACAUCAGCUUAUAUAAGUCAAUAUGAUCUUCAUAUAGGAGAAAUGACUGUGAGAGAAACAUUGGCUUUUUCAGCAAGAUGUCAAGGGGUUGGUCCCCAUUAUGAAAUGUUGGCAGAAUUGUCAAGGAGGGAGAAGGAAGCAAACAUAAAGCCAGAUCCUGAUCUUGAUAUAUACAUGAAGGCAGCAUCACUAGAAGGCCAGGAGGCAAGUGUUGUCACAGAUUAUGUUCUUAAGAUUUUAGGUCUGGAAGUUUGCGCUGAUACAAUCGUGGGUGAUGAAAUGCUACGAGGAAUUUCUGGCGGACAAAAAAAGCGAGUCACAACAGGGGAGAUGCUGGUUGGACCAGCCAGAGCACUUUUUAUGGAUGAGAUAUCAACUGGUUUGGAUAGUUCUACAACUUUUCAAAUUGUGAAUUCAAUCAGGCAAUCCAUUCACAUCCUUCAAGGAACUGCUCUUAUCUCUCUUCUCCAGCCAGCUCCAGAAACUUAUGACCUAUUUGACGACAUAAUUCUCCUCUCAGAUGGGCAAAUUGUAUAUCAAGGUCCCCGUGAAAAUGUGCUAGAGUUCUUUGAAUACAUGGGCUUCAAAUGUCCUGAGAGGAAAGGAGUCGCUGACUUUUUACAAGAAGUUACAUCAAGGAAAGAUCAAGAGCAGUAUUGGGCACACAAAGAUGAUCCUUAUAAUUUUGUUACUGUCAAGGAAUUUGCGGAAGCAUUUCAAUCAUUUCAUAUUGGCCGGAAACUAGGCGAUGAGCUUGCUGUUCCAUUUGACAAAGCCAAGAGCCACCCUGCUUCUUUAACCACUGAGAAGUACGGUGUUAACAAGAAGGAAUUGUUGAAAGCAUGCAUAUCGAGAGAAUACUUGCUUAUGAAGAGGAACUCAUUUGUCUACAUAUUCAAGAUGACUCAACUUAUUAUGAUGGCAAUAAUCACGAUGACAUUAUUUUUGAGAACUGAGAUGCCUAAGAAGACAACAGAAGAUGGUGGAAUUUACAUGGGUGCUAUAUUCUUUGCUGUUAUUAUGAUUAUGUUUAAUGGGUUCUCAGAGCUUGCAUUGAGCAUUAUGAAACUUCCAGUCUUUUACAAGCAAAGAGACCUCCUCCUUUUUCCUGCUUGGGCAUACUCUCUACCUACAUGGAUUCUCAAGAUUCCAAUCACAUUUGUUGAAGUUGCUAUUUGGGUUUUUAUGACUUAUUAUGUCAUGGGAUUUGAUCCAGAUGUUGGAAGGUUUUUCAAACAGUACCUUGUACUCCUAUGCAUUAAUCAGAUGGCUUCAGGACUUUUUCGAUUCAUUGGGGCGUUAGGAAGGAACAUCAUUGUUGCAAACACAUGUGGCUCAUUCGCGUUACUUGCAGUUCUUGUAAUGGGUGGAUUUAUCUUGUCACGAGAUGAUGUAAAGAAAUGGUGGAUAUGGGGAUAUUGGUUUUCACCUAUGAUGUAUGGGCAGAAUGCUAUAGUUGUUAACGAAUUCCUUGGGAAGAGUUGGAGUCAUGUUCCUCCUAAUUCCACAGAAUCAUUAGGAGUAAAAGUCAUGAAAUCUCGUGGGGUUUUUCCAGAAGCGAACUGGUAUUGGAUUGGUGUAGGAGCUUUGACUGGAUAUGUUUUCCUUUUCAAUUUCCUCUUCACUGUGGCUCUAACUUAUCUUGACCCAUUUGGGAAGCCUCAGGCAAUUCUCUCUGAAGAAACCUUGGCAGAGAGAAGUGCUAUCAAAACAGGAGAGUUGACUGAGCUAUCAUCAAGAGGAAAGAAGAGUUCUUCUGAAAGGGGAAAUGAAGUUCAAAAAAGUGCAUCGUCAAGGUCAAUGUCGUCGAGAGUGGGUAGCAUUAGUGAAGCUUCGCAGAACAGGAAAAGGGGAAUGGUUCUACCAUUUGAACCCUUUUCCAUCAGUUUUGAUGAUAUUAGAUAUGCUGUAGAUAUGCCACAGGAAAUGAAAUCUCAAGGUAUUAGUGAAGACCGGCUAGAACUUUUGAAAGGGGUGAGUGGUGCUUUCAGGCCAGGAGUUCUUACGGCUCUAAUGGGUGUAAGUGGGGCUGGUAAAACCACUCUAAUGGAUGUCUUGGCCGGUAGGAAAACGGGUGGGUAUAUAGAGGGAAGGAUCAGAAUAUCUGGGUACCCAAAAAAGCAAGAAACAUUUGCCCGCAUAGCAGGAUAUUGUGAGCAAACUGAUAUCCACUCUCCUCAUGUCACAGUGCAAGAGUCCUUGCAAUAUUCUGCAUGGCUACGGUUGCCCCCUGAAGUCAAUUCUGAAACCAGAAAGAUGUUCAUCGAGGAGGUUAUGGAGCUCGUGGAGCUGACUCCAUUGAGGGAAGCACUUGUUGGAUUGCCUGGAGUCAAUGGUCUCUCAACUGAACAACGCAAGAGACUGACUAUUGCAGUUGAGCUUGUGGCUAACCCAUCUAUAAUAUUUAUGGAUGAACCAACCUCAGGACUUGAUGCCAGGGCGGCAGCAAUUGUGAUGAGAACAGUGAGAAACACAGUGGAUACAGGAAGAACAGUGGUUUGCACCAUCCACCAGCCAAGCAUAGACAUAUUUGAUGCUUUUGAUGAGUUGUUCCUUUUAAAACGAGGAGGUGAAGAAAUAUACGUUGGUCCCUUAGGCCGCCAUUCCUCCCAUUUGAUCAAGUACUUUGAGGGAAUCGAUGGAGUUAGUAAAAUCAAAGAUGGUUAUAAUCCAGCAACGUGGAUGUUGGAAGUGACUUCUGCAUCACAAGAAGCAGCCCUUGGGGUUAACUUUGCCGAUUUGUACAAGAACUCAGAAUUGUACAAGAGAAAUAAAGCAUUGAUCAAGGAACUUGAUACACCUCCUCCAGGCUCCAAAGAUCUAUACUUUCCUACUAAAUACUCGCAAACUCUAAUAACUCAAUGUAUGGCCUGCCUAUGGAAACAACAUUGGUCAUACUGGAGGAACCCGCCAUACACUGCAGUGAGGCUCUUAUUCACAACUUUCAUAGCUGUAAUGUUUGGGACAAUAUUCUGGGAUAUAGGCUCCGUAAGGAGAAGGCAACAAGAUCUCUUUAAUGCAAUGGGUUCUAUGUAUGCUGCUGUUCUAUUUAUUGGUGUACAGAAUGCUACAUCGGUGCAGCCAGUAGUCGCUAUUGAGAGAACAGUUUUUUACAGGGAAAGAGCAGCGGGAAUGUAUUCAGCUUUGCCAUAUGCCUUUGGACAGGUUGCAAUUGAGCUCCCAUACAUUUUUGUUCAGACUGUUAUCUAUGGAGUCAUAGUUUAUGCCAUGAUCGGAUUUGACUGGACAGUUACCAAGUUCUUUUGGUAUCUGUUUUUCAUGUACUUCACCUUCUUAUACUUUACUUUCUAUGGGAUGAUGACGGUGGCAGUUACUCCAAACCACAACAUUGCUGCCAUAGUUUCAUCUGCUUUCUAUGCAAUAUGGAACCUUUUCUCAGGAUUUAUAAUUCCACGGACAAGGAUUCCAGUUUGGUGGAGGUGGUAUUAUUGGAUUUGUCCAGUCUCUUGGACUUUGUAUGGAUUAGUUGCUUCACAGUUUGGAGACAUACAGGACAAGCUUGACACAGGAGAAACCGUAGAGCAUUUUAUAAGGAGUUAUUUUGGGUACAGGCAUGACUUCGUUGGAUAUGUUGGGAUCAUUAUUGUUGGUAUAGCUGUGCUAUUUGGGUUCAUCUAUGCCUUUUCAAUUAAGGCAUUUAACUUCCAAAAAAGAUAGUAGUGUUUCAACACAGGGAUUUUCAUUACAUCAAGCUCUGAUCUGAUAUGGGUGAAUUUCCAAGCUACAAGAUAGACGCAUAGUACAUUAUAGAAGGUCCUAUUGUCCCUUUUUUUUUUUUUUUUUUUUUUGGCCACUCACCCCACCCCACCCCUUUUCUCUUUUAGGUUUUGUGCUCUCUAUAGCUAGUCAAAUUUGUUCCAUAAAACCACAAAACUUCUGAGUCCAUGUAUUCUACCCCAUUUGUAUGUAAUCAAGUUUAUACGAAGAAAAUGAAAAAAAAAAAAAAAAAAAAAAAAAAAAAAGAAAAGAAAACAAAUUUCUAGCAGUUACUAUAACAGCCUCUCUUUUUUUUUUCUGAAAGGUAAAAAAUUUGGACCAUUUCUCAAUUUGUGCGUGUCAUCUUUGUGCAGGGGCCAUGCUAAUAUUCUCUGUAGAGUUCCAAUUUCGGACCAUUUCUCGAUUUCA